ACCAAAAAAAGAAAAAACUACUGUAUUUCGGAAAAGAAAGAAAAUGGCGAGUGGGUUUCCGCCGCAGAAGCAAGAGACACAACCAGGGAUACAGCAUGUCAUGGACCCAACUCCCGAGUUCUCUUCCUCUAACUACAAACCUUCCAACAAACUUCAUGGAAAAGUAGCACUAGUGACCGGAGGAGACUCGGGGAUAGGUAAAGCAGUGUGUCACUGCUACGCGCUUGAAGGAGCUAGCGUGGCGUUCACGUACGUGAAAGGUCGAGAGGACAAAGACGCUGACGAGACGCUGCGUUUGCUUCACGAGGUUAAGACGAGGGAAGCUAAAGAGCCGAUCAUGAUCGCUACUGAUUUAGGGUUUGAGGAGAAUUGCAAGAGGGUCGUUGAGGAAGUUGUGAACGCUUUUGGACGCAUCGAUGUCCUUGUGAAUUGUGCUGCUGAGCAGCAUGAGGUUUCCAUUGAAGAUAUCGAUGAGGCCAGGCUUGAGAGAGUGUUUCGUACCAACAUCUUCUCCCAGUUUUUCUUGGUCAAGUACGCGUUGAAGCACAUGAAGGAAGGGAGCAGUAUCAUCAACACGACGUCGGUUGUAGCAUACGGAGGAAACUCAAGCUUACUGGAGUACACAUCUACUAAAGGAGCAAUUGUUUCCUUCACACGUGGCUUAGCUCUUCAGCUUGCACCAAAGGGCAUUCGCGUUAACGGUGUAGCUCCUGGUCCGGUCUGGACUCCACUGAUAACCGCAUCCUUCUCUGACGAAGCGAUCAAGCAGUUUGGAUCAGAGACACCGAUGAAAAGAGCGGCUCAACCUGUGGAAGUUGCUCCUUCCUACGUCUUCUUGGCUUGUAACCAUUGCUCCUCUUACUAUACUGGCCAGAUCCUUCAUCCAAACGGUGGUCUUAUCGUGAACGCUUGAGCUUACAGUUGUACAUGUCUCGGUUUGGGAAGUUCUUCUUACAAAGAGAUCCAGUGUUACAGUUGUGUUAUGUAAUAAGGUGAAAUGUCGUCUGUGUGUUUGUUUUAUAUGAUGAAUAAUAAUGUAAAAAGAAAGAAGCAAAUGAAUAAAACAAAGUCGUUGGUUUUCUGGUUA